AAUAUGCUUGAACAGCAAACAGCACAUGCUGCGUGUAAAUUUAUGCUUCCACAUUUGGACGUCUGAGCAGGAAAGAAAAAUAACCUUUAUUACUGCUAGAAAAAUGUCCGCCACACUAAAAAAGUCACAUUUAUGGCAUCAGCGUGAGAUUAGAAGACGAAAGAUAUACAUUCACUGUACAAACAUUCAUAUACACAUAUACUGUACAUAUAAAAGUACAUAUGCAUACAUACAGUCAUGCAUAUAAUCACGUUUAUUCCAAAAUAUAUUAACGUUGUUGCCAUAGGGCAGGGGUCGGGAACCUUUUUGGCUGAGAGAGCCAUGAAACCCAAAGAUUUUAAAAUGUAUUUCCGUGAGAGCCAUAUCAUAUUUUUUAACACUGAAUACAAAUAAAUGCAUGCAUUUUUAAUUAAUAACAACAUUUUUAGAGUACAUUAAGUCUCCUAUUAUUUUUAAUAUGAUUUUUAUUCUGAAACUAACCAAUAAUCAAUAAAAUACUUCUUACCAAUAAUGCGACUUCUUGAACAGGUACGGUAGGAAAUGGAUGGAUGGAUUAAAAUGCAUGAGAAUGUUUUAUAUUUUGAAUGUUAUUUUUAACACUGUGAUUACCAGCAGAAUUAUUCAUUACUUAUUGGGUUAAGCAAUGCCAACUAAGAUUUAUCUGAGAGCCAGAUGCAGUCAUCAAAAGAGCCACAUCUGGCUAUAGAGCCAUAGGUUCCCUACCCCUGCCCUAGGGGAAACUGGGUAACACAUGGUACACUGACAAAGCUUAACCUAUAGUUACUAUAACAAUUUACAAGGUUAAUAGAGCUGGCUUCUCUUUCUUCCCCUCUAUUUUUCUGCUCUCUUUUGUAUAUGUAUUGUUGCAUUUGAACAAUUGUAUUGUUGAUAAUAGAGGUAAUUAUUGUUAUUAUUAAUUAUCAAUGGUGCUAUUUCUAUUGGUAUUUGUAUUGCUCCAUUUGUAGUGUUAUAAUGCUCAUUGUCAUUUCUGUAUUAUUAUUUCACUAACUGCUUCUCUGCUAUCACUUUUACUAUCAUAUUUGUAUAUAUAAUUUUUGCUGAUGUUGUUUUAUUGUUGGUAUUGUUGUGUUUGCUGUUGUGGUUUUUGUCUCUCUGUCGUAUCCCCGUUUUGUCUCCACAAUUUCUCCCUCUGUCUUCUUUUUUUCUCUUUCUAUCCCCUCCUGCUCUGGCCCGGCUGCACCAAAUGAUAAUAUAAAUCCAUUUAAUAAUUUGAAAUACAAAUAAGGCAACAAAAUAAGUAUCCCACACUUCUCUUUUGUAAAGUAAAUCUGUACAGCCGAUAUGGGAAUCUACAUCUACAAUCUGAGAAGCUGGAAAGGCCAAACAAAAAAAAGAAGAAAAAGAAAGAAGCUGACACAAAGUGUGAAAAGAUGCAAUAAAUACUAUUUUAGUAAACUUAAGUGUAGUUCUUGGGGACGAGAAAAGACUUGCAACAAAUCAAGAAAACAUACUAAAUAUUUGGCUGAAAUAUUGUUAACUAAGUUAAAGAGUUGAAACAUAAACCAGAAAAAGCUGAUGAUGAUGAUGCAACAACACAUUUAUAUGUAAAGGAUGCAAGGGGGGAGUUUGACAAAAGAGACGGCCACAGUGUUUGUGUCCACAUGGCGAGCAAGCAGCUGAACGCAAACAAUCUGUCACCACGGCAACGCAGCCCCCUUUCAGCUCUUUGUCCCCCAACACACAAAUGACUGCAUUGUAUGUGGGGAAAGUUGAGCAAAACAAUCAAAGCAGCAUUUUUCCUGUUGCUGCCUGAAAAACACUGAAGUGCUGACCAAAUAUGAUAAUAAUAUCUAUAUUCGUUACUUCAACUAGGGACAGCACCUAUUAUUGAGCAUGUACAAUCUUUUGCAAUUUGUUCAAUUAAUAAUGGAGACGUCAAAGAAGAAAGAUGUAGGUGGGAAGCGGUGUAUUGCGGCCGCCUUUAGCAACACAAACACAGCCAGUGUUUCCUUGUUUCCUUGUUUACAUUCCCGAAAGAUGACGGUGAACCUUUACUAUGGAACAGAACGGUCAAGCGAACAUGGCUCCCUACCACAUGUCAAACGGCAGGUUUCGGUGAGAAAAUGGUGGUAAUAAGUCGGCUCUUAUCGUAGACAGGAGCAGAGAGCUUUUGUCGUUCCUCCUGCACCUGUCAAAGAGGCAGCUGCGGACUCUCUUGCCUCCUCCCACCGGCCGCCCCCGACUGUCGGGUGCUUCCAACGUGGAGGAAGCAUCGGCUGCCUUCGCCUCGUCAAGAAACGUGGCUUUCCUCGGAGACACUGGUGGUCACCACACCCGUAGCCACACCCCUCCGACCUUAAGGUUGUAGAGGUACGACCAUUUAAUCUCACUAAAACACUAGUAACACAAUAAGCAGAUAAGGGAUUUUCCAGAAUUAUCCUAGUAAAUUUGUCUAAUAACAUCUGAAUCGCUCUGCCGUCUAGUUUUUUUUUUGUUUUUUGUUUUUUUCUAGUCCUUCACUCUCACUUUCCUCAUCCACGAAUCUUUCAUCCUCGCUCAAAUUAAUGGGGAAAUCGUCGCUUUCUCGGUCCGAAUCACUCUCGCUGCUGGUGGCCAUGAUUGUAAACAAUGUUCAGAUGUGAGGAGCUCCACACGCGCACAUCGUCUGCUACUUCCGAUACAGGCAAGGCUUUUUUAUUAGCGACCAAACGUUGCGACCUUUAUCGUCGAUGCUCUCUACUAAAUCAUUUCAGCAAAAAUAUGGCAAUAUCGCGAAAUGAUCAAAUAUGACACAUAGAAUGGACCUGCUAUGGCCUUUGAAUAAGAAAAUCUCAUUUCAGUAGGCCUUUAAGCCAAGGGCUAAUUUCCAGGUUGGGCGUGUCAAAGUAUUGACACUUAGAUACCAAGUCAAUACUACCACACAAAAAAUGCAUCAAUACCUGCUUUUUUUCAGUGCUGUUAGUACAGAAUACUGUCCAACACUUUUUCCUCCCCAGUUCUCGGCAUGUGAGCACUGAGUCAACGGUAAAGAAGAAUGCCAGCUGUACUAAAAAAAAAAAAGAACCAGUGUUAGCAUAUAUUGAUUCAUUUGUGGAAACCUGUCACAAAUGUGGAUUUGGUGGGCCCCUCGCUCAUAAACAAAUGCUAAUGGAAGUGUGUUUGUGUCGUAUAGGUGUGGUGUAACACAACGACAACACACAUCAUACGCGCCUGCUUUGCCAGAGAAUAAGAUAUUACAGAAAUGACCUGUGAUGCAUUUUGACAACUUUGUCGCUAUAUUUAGCAAGUAGAGGUACAUGUUCAAAUUGAAAGAGAUGUGUAUUGUGGCAGGGGGCGUGGUCAGCGCGUUCCCUGCGGACGGGGGGGUGUUCAGAAAUCGGUCAUGAAGCAGCUGACAGGUGAGUGGAUAAUCUCAGCUGGAACGAGUUAUCUAAUCACCUGUUCCUUUAAUAGCAGCGCGGGAGACCAUGAUCGGGAGGACGGACGACACUGAGGGGAGCGUGCUGAAAAGCCAGAACCAAGAAGGACUUGAAAAGAGAAUUGCACGAGGGGCUGCAAAGCCUAAUUGAUUAUUGUGUAAAUAUUAAAAGUUGUAAAAACCACUGAGUGAAGUGUGCGGAAGUCACUGAUCCAGAAGACGAAAAGGUACGAGACCUGCUACAGUGGCGCCCAACGUCAAAGUAACAAGGAAAAGAUGUCGACACCAACCCCCCUGGAGGCGUUAGGUCAAGUCCUGUCAGAGGUCUCAGCGGCGAGCCGGCAGCAGACCAAGGUGGUGCCAGUGUUGAUGGGCCGGGCGGACGCAGCAGGAGGCUCAACAUCCAUGAAGCGGAUGGUGGAAGGGGAAGACCCGCAAACAUUCCUGGAGGUGUUCGAGGCGACGGCGGCAGCGUGCAAGUGGCUGGAGGAAGAAUGGGGAGCGAGGCUGCUGCCGCUUCUGGCGGGGGAAGCGCAGCGGGCGGCGUUGAGUCUCCCAGCGUCGGCCCGCACGCAAUACACCAAUCAGCGGCACGCCAUCCUCAACCGGGUAGGCAGCAGCCCCAAGGAUCAUCGCCGGCAAUUCCGGGCCAUGAAGCUGGCGUCGGAGGGCCAGCCCUUCAUCUUCUCUCACCGGCUGAGGGAUGCCGCAACCAAAUGGCUCCAGCCCAACGGCCAAGACACCAAGAUGCUGGAAGAAGUGGUACUGGAGCAGUUCCUGGACGGCAUCCCAGCGAGAACAUCCGCGUGGGUCAGGUACCACAGUCCGCCGGUUGUCCAAACCGCGGUGAGGCUGGUGGAGGAGCACCUGGCGGUGCACCGGGAGGCAACGCCAACGACCGCCAGGAAAACCCCCCCGACACAUCGACGACAACUCGCCCCACGGUGGGGGGGGGCAAGUCAGGAGAGACGGGGAGGGCCCUGGCCGGACUACAGGCGGCCAGCGAGCAGGUUUCCCACACAGACAUCCAUCAACACAACACACACAGACAUAUACAUCAUCGGGGGACUCACAGAGAAAUAAUAAUAAGAAUAAUAAUAUGUACUCUUGUGUGUUCCAGGGUCCCGGCGCUGCUGAAGGGGGGAUUCCCUCGCGGAGUGCACCUCAAACGCCAGGGCCGGUGUGCGGACAGCCGGGGCACCUGCGCCGGGAGUGCACCGUGAUGGAGGUGGGGCAAGUGUUGCGGGUUUUCGGACCUCCAGCACCCGCCCGCGAUAUGGGAGAGACGUACUGCGUACCGGCGGACGUGUCGAGCCGGGGACUGGGGGCGGUGCUGUCCCAGCGGGUGAAGGGCGUCGACCGCCCCGUACUCUACAUCAGCCGAAAGCUGUCGGACCGGGAGGCGAGGUACAGCACAGUGGAGAGGG